AUGUUAUGGGACCCUAAAGGCGAUAACUUCAUAUUCUCGAAAGCGAUUCGGUCGGACCUCCAGCAAUAUAUUCAAGAGGGUGCUUGGCCCACGAAACGGAUAGUGCUAAAAUGUAUUGCGAGCAUGUUCGAUCCGAAACAAUUCUUGGCACCGCUCCUGAUACAAGGUCGAAUUUUCAUGCAGGACUUGUGGCGUAGCGGCAUAGGUUGGGACGACAAGGUCACGAAACCUCAUUACGAAAGGUGGAUACAGUGGACGCGGUUAUUAUAUCUAAUUGAAGCGAUUAAAGUUCCGCGAUGUUAUCUCGGUGGACUGAGUUCGACUGCAUAUGAGUCGGUGCAGUUGCAUGUAUUCACUGAUGCUGGAGAGGCAGCCUACGGAAGUGUUGCCUAUUUUAGAUUUGAGCAAGCGGGGGUCGUUCACUGCGCGUUCGUGGAGGCAAAGGCGAAAGUAGCACUAUUGGAGUAUCUUUCUACACCACGCAUGGAAUUAGAAGCAGCUACUCACGGCGCAAGUUUGGUGAAGACAAUUUGUGAAGGUCAUUCCUUUCCAAUUUCAAAACGGUAUCUGUGGUGCGAUUCAGACACUGUGGUGACGUGGGUUAAAUCCGAUCAACGAAAGUUUAAACCAUUCGUAGCGCACCGGAUAGGUAAGAUCCUGAGCUUAACAAACCAUGAAGAGUGGCGAUGGGUAGGAACAAAAGAGAAUCCCGCAGAUGAUCUUACAAAGUGGGGUAAGGAAACAGAGAUCAAGUCGCGUAGUCGAUGGUUCCUGGGACCAGAAUUUCUGUAUCAAGAUGAAUCAAAGUGGCCAAAACAGAAACGUUCCAUGGUGGAAAACACGAAAGAACUUCGCGCAAGUGUGCUGUUGCAUCACAUUUCGUUGCCUGGCGGGUUGGAGAAGAUAAUUGAGCGGGUUUCCCGGUGGACCGUGAUGGUUCGAACUGUCGCAACGAUGUACCGUUUUGUAUCCAACUGUCGUCGACGGAAGAUGAAGAUGGAGAUCGAGGUGUUACCAAUCGUUGUAAAGCGAACGAAGGGUGCAGCUCUCUCAGCUACUGUGAUACCCUUGCGGCAGGAGGAGUAUAAACUAGCAGAGACAUUGUUGUGGAGAAUUAUGCAGGCAGAGGCAUUUGCGGACGAAGUGAAAACACUUGUGAAAAACAAGGAUUCACCUGCAAACCAGGAGCUACUGUUAGAGAAAUCGAGUCCGAUAUACCGUUUGUCACAAUUUUUGGAUGAGGAUAAUGUGUUGAGGAUGGAAGGCCGAACCGAAGCGGCUGACUAUGUGGUAUUUGAUGUCAGAUUUCCAAUUAUCCUGCCAAAGAAUCACGCUGCAACAAGAAAGUUGGUCAUGCAUUACCAUCGACAAUAUGGCCAUGGUAGUAGAGAAACAGUUGUCAAUGAGCUUCGGCAGCGCUACUAUAUUCCAUGCGUAAGCGCGUUAGUCGAUCAAGUAAUGCGUGAGUGCAUGUGGUGUAAGGUUCGCAAAUCGAAACCUUUUGUACCCAGAAUGGCACCACUACCAGGACAGCGUUUAGCGGCAAGACUCGAUCCGUUUUCGAAUGUAGGAAUUGACUAUUUCGGCCCGAUAGAAGUGAGUGUAGGGCGAAGGAAGGAAAAACGAUGGGUUGCACUUUUCACGUGUUUAACCGUUCGUGCCGUGCAUCUGGAGGUGGCGUACAGCUUAACAACGGAGUCGUGCAAAAUGGCGAUUAGAAGAUUUGUAAAAUGGCGUGGCAGCCCAAGAGAGAUCUUUUCUGACAAUGGCACGAAUUUUGUCGGAGCCAACAGAGAGUUGUUGAAAGAAAUCAAUAUUGCAUGCGCCGACACAUUCACUGGAGCGAAAACUCAAUGGUCAUUCAACCCCCCUUCGGCGCCACACAUGGGAGGCGCGUGGGAGAGGAUGAAGCUGACGGAUGAGGUGUUGCAUACAGCUUUGAUUGAAGCUGAAAACUUAAUUAACUCUCGACCAAUCACUUAUGUGUCGACUAAUGUUAAGGAAGAUAAAGAGGCAUUGACACCGAAUCACUUCUUGCGCGGCCGUUCAUCAGUAGAAUGUUUGCCAUCGAGGAACCCGGAAAGGUUAGCUGAGACGCUGCAGAGUAGCUACAGUAAUGCUCAACAGCUAGCAGACGGUUUUUGGGAGCGUUGGCAGCAUGAGUACCUGCCGACUUUGAACAAACGAACAAAAUGGUUUGUAGACCAGAGAAACGUGGCGAUCGGGGAUUUAGUAUUUGUUGCUGAUGGAGAGAAGCGUUAUACUUGGGAGCGAGGAAUAGUGACGAAGGUGCUAGCUGGUACUGAUGGAAGAAUUCGUUCUGCUUCCGUAAGGACUAGUAGAGGCGAGAAACUUCGACCAGUGUCAAGGCUGGCAGUCUUGGAAGUGGAAAUGGAGCAGAGUAAACCAAUACUGCCGCCGCGUGAAGCAGUGACAGGGUUUACGGGCGAGGGUAUGUUGAAUGUACACCCAGUUGCGAAGGGGGGGUCCAUCGAAACUCCAGUUGCGAAGGGGCGCAAGAUAGCCACGAAACGGCACGAUAGCCGGUGA